GGUUGAGGGUAGCCCAGGAUGGCUGCAGCUUCAUAUGAUCAGUUGUUAAAGCAAGUUGAAGCGUUAAAGAUGGAAAACUCCAACCUUCGACAAGAGCUUGAGGACAACUCAAAUCACCUUACAAAACUGGAAACUGAGGCAUCUAAUAUGAAGGAGGUGCUAAAACAGCUGCAAGGAAGUAUUGAAGAUGAAGCAAUGGCAUCUUCUGGGCAAAUUGAUUUACUGGAACGACUUAAAGAGCUGAACUUGGAAGGUAGUAACUUCCCUGGAGUGAAGUUAAGGCCAAAGGUGUCCGUGCGUUCAUAUGGGAGCCGGGAAGGGUCUGUGUCAAGCCGUUCAGGAGAGUGCAGUCCCGUUCCCAUGGGAUCAUUUCCAAGAAGAGGUUUUAUGAAUGGAAGCAGAGAAAGCACUGGUUAUUUAGAAGAGCUAGAAAAAGAGAGAUCUCUGUUGCUUGCGGAGCUUGAGAAGGAAGAGAAAGAAAAGGACUGGUAUUAUGCUCAGCUUCAAAACCUUACUAAAAGGAUUGAUAGUCUCCCCCUUACUGAAAAUUUCUCCUUGCAAACAGACAUGACCAGAAGGCAGUUAGAGUAUGAGGCAAGACAAAUCAGAGCUGCAAUGGAAGAGCAACUAGGUACUUGUCAGGACAUGGAGAAGAGAGCACAGGUGAGAGUGGCAAGGAUUCAGCAGAUAGAGAAGGACAUCGUUCGUAUACGGCAGCUCCUGCAGUCACAAGCAGCUGAAGCAGAGAGGGCCCCUCAAAGUAAGCAUGAUACAGGCUCACAUGAUACAGAGAGGCAGAAUGAAGGUCAAGGAGCAGCAGAAAUCAGCAUGGCAACUACUGGUACUGGUCAGGGUUCCGCUGCUCGACUGGACCACGAGGCAGCCAGUGUCAUGAGCUCCAGUAACAGCUACUCUGUUCCCCGUAGACUGACAAGUCACCUGGGUACCAAGGUAACCGAAGAUUACAAACCACAGGUGGAAAUGGUGUAUUCGUUGUUGUCAAUGCUUGGUACUCACGACAAGGACGACAUGUCGCGCACUUUGCUGGCCAUGUCUAGCUCCCAAGACAGCUGCAUAGCCAUGCGUCAGUCUGGCUGCCUUCCCCUCCUCAUCCAGCUCCUACAUGGCAACGAUAAGGACUCUGUCUUGCUAGGAAACUCUCGUGGAAGUAAAGAGGCCCGUGCCAGGGCCAGUGCUGCCCUGCAUAACAUCAUUCACUCCCAGCCUGAUGAUAAACGAGGCAGACGGGAAAUCCGUGUGCUCCAUCUUUUGGAGCAAAUCCGUGCGUACUGUGAAACAUGCUGGGAAUGGCAGGAGGCACAUGAACAAGGCAUGGACCAAGACAAAAACCCAAUGCCAGCUCCAGUUGAUCAUCAAAUCUGUCCUGCAGUGUGUGUGUUGAUGAAACUUUCAUUUGAUGAAGAACACAGGCAUGCAAUGAAUGAGCUUGGAGGGUUGCAGGCUAUUGCAGAGCUGUUGCAAGUGGACUGUGAAAUGUAUGGACUUACAAAUGACCACUAUAGCGUUACAUUAAGAAGGUAUGCUGGAAUGGCGCUGACUAACUUGACUUUUGGAGAUGUGGCCAACAAGGCAACAUUAUGUUCUAUGAAGGGCUGCAUGAGAGCUCUUGUAGCACAAUUAAAAUCUGAAAGUGAAGAUUUGCAACAGGUCAUUGCAAGUGUGUUGAGGAACUUGUCCUGGCGAGCAGAUGUAAACAGUAAAAAGACUCUACGUGAAGUCGGAAGUGUUAAAGCAUUGAUGGAAUGUGCUUUAGAAGUUAAGAAGGAAUCCACCUUAAAAAGUGUUUUGAGUGCCUUAUGGAAUUUGUCAGCACACUGCACUGAGAACAAAGCUGAUAUAUGUGCUGUUGAUGGUGCUCUCUCAUUUCUAGUUGGCAUACUGACAUACCGAACCCAAACAAACACUUUAGCCAUCAUUGAAAGUGGAGGAGGAAUAUUAAGAAAUGUUUCUAGCUUAAUUGCUACUAAUGAGGACCACAGGCAAAUCUUGAGAGAGAACAGCUGCUUACAAACCUUGUUACAGCACCUGAAGUCACAUAGUUUGACAAUAGUCAGUAAUGCGUGUGGGACCCUGUGGAAUCUCUCUGCCCGAAAUGCAAAAGAUCAGGAGGCGCUGUGGGACAUGGGAGCAGUAAGCAUGCUCAAAAAUCUCAUUCACUCAAAACACAAAAUGAUAGCAAUGGGCAGUGCUGCAGCUCUAAGAAACCUGAUGGCAAAUAGGCCAGCAAAAUAUAAGGAUGCCAAUAUUAUGUCUCCAGGAUCAAGCUUACCAUCUCUCCAUGUUAGAAAACAAAAGGCACUGGAAGCAGAAUUAGAUGCUCAGCAUUUGUCAGAAACUUUUGACAACAUCGAUAAUCUAAGCCCGAAAGCUUCUCACCGUAAUAAGCAGAGACAUAAGCAAAAUAUAUACAGUGAGUAUGUCCUGGACUCCAGUCGGCAUGAUGAUGGAAUUUGCAGAGCAGAGACCUUUAAUACAGGUAAUGUGACUGUACUUUCGCCAUAUUUAAAUACUACAGUAUUGCCUGGCUCCUCUUCCUCCAGUAGAGGAAAUACAGAAAGUUCUCGAUCUGAGAAAGACAGAAGUCUUGAUAGGGAUCGUGCCGUGGGUUUAAGUAGUUACCAUUCAGCUACAGAGAAUACUGGGAACUCCUCUAAGAGAAUAGGAAUGCAGAUUUCUACUGCUGCAGUUCAGAUUGCCAAAGUUAUGGAAGAAGUAACAAACAUGCAUAUGCCACAAGAGGACAGAAGUUCUGGUUCCACUUCUGAAAUGCACUGUUUGACAGAAGACAGAAAUGCUCCAAGAAGAACAUCCACUGCCCAUACUCACUCAAAUACAUACUUCCCUAAAUCUGAAAAUUCCAGCAGGACAUGUCCUGUGCCUUAUGCAAAAAUGGAAUACAAGAGAGCUUCAAAUGAUAGUUUAAAUAGCGUCAGCAGUAGUGAUGGCUAUGGCAAAAGAGGCCAAAUGAAGCCUUCCAUUGAAUCGUACUCAGAAGAUGAUGAAAGUAAGUUUUGUAGUUAUGGUCAAUACCCAGCUGACUUGGCACAUAAGAUACAUAGUGCAAAUCAUAUGGAUGACAAUGAUGGAGAACUAGACACUCCUAUUAACUACAGUCUUAAAUAUUCUGAUGAACAGUUAAAUUCUGGAAGGCAGAGUCCCUCUCAGAAUGAAAGAUGGGCAAGGCCUAAGCACAUAAUAGAUGAUGAAAUAAAACAAAACGAACAAAGGCAGUCAAGGAGCCAAAAUGCAACUUACCCUGUAUAUGCUGAAAGCGGAGAUGAUAAACACAUGAAAUAUCAGUCACCUUUUGGACAACAAGAGUGUGUUUCUCCUUUUAGAUCAAGAGGAUCCAAUGGUUCAGAUCAGAACAGAGUAGGCUCAACUCUUGGAAUGAAUCAGAAAGUCAGUCAGUCCUUGUGCCAGGUUGAUGAUUAUGAUGAUGAUAAGCCAACAAACUACAGUGAGCGCUAUUCUGAGGAGGAGCAACAUGAAGAGGAAGAAGACAGACCAACCAAUUAUAGCAUAAAGUACAGUGAAGAGGAACACCAUGUAGAUCAGCCUAUUGAUUAUAGUCUAAAGUAUUCAACAGAAGUUCCUCCAUCUUCUCAGAAGCCAUCUUUUACUUUAUCUAAGAGUUCAUCAGUGCAAAGCACUAGAACUGACCAUAUUUCCUCAAGUAGUGGGAACACAUCAGCCCCUUCUGCUAGUUCAAAGAGACAGAAUCAGCUUCACCCUAGUUCUGCACAGAACAGAGGUGGUCAUGCUCAAAAGACUGCUUCCUGCAAGACUCCCUCUAUUAAUCAGGAAACCAUACAAACUUACUGUGUGGAAGACACACCAAUAUGUUUUUCAAGAUGUAGCUCCUUGUCAUCUUUGUCAUCAGCUGAAGAUGAAAUGGGGCGUGAUCAAGCCACCCGUGUGACAGAUGCUAAUAACACUCUACAGAUAGCAGAACUGAAAGAGAACAGUGUGACUUUGUCCACUGAAGGUGCCAUAAAUGAAGUUGCAUCAACAUCACAACACAUUAGAACAAAAUCCAGCAGACUUCAGAGUUCUAGCUUAUCUCCUUCUGAUUCCUCUAGACAUAAAGCUGUUGAAUUUUCUUCAGGUGCCAAAUCCCCUUCUAAGAGUGGUGCACAAACUCCUAAAAAAAAGAGAGAACCUGGUCCUAGACAGGCAGCUGUGAAUGCAGCCGUUCAGAGAGUGCAGGUGUUGCCAGAUGCUGACACAUUAUUACAUUUUGCCACAGAAAGUACACCAGAUGGAUUUUCUUGCUCUUCUAGCCUAAGUGCCCUGAGUCUUGAUGAACCGUUUAUACAGAAGGACAUAGAGUUAAGAAUAAUGCCUCCUGUGCAUGAAAACGACCAUGGAAAUGAAACAGAACCUGAGCAGUCAGAUGACACAAAGGAUAACGAAGAGAAGAAAGCAGAGAAGUCUACUGAUGCAGAAAAAGACAUAUUGGAUGAUUCUGACGAUGAUGAUAUUGAAAUACUGGAAGAAUGUAUUAUUUCUGCAAUGCCAACAAAAUCUUCACGCAAAGCCAAAAAGCUUUCUCAAGCACCUGCUUCAAAAAUACCUCCUCCUGUAGCCAGGAAGCCAAGCCAGCUGCCAGUUUACAAACUUUUGCCUUCACAGAGCAGACUACAGUCCCAGAAGCACGUGAGUUUUACCCCUGGAGAUGAUAUGCCGCGGGUAUAUUGUGUUGAGGGCACACCAAUAAAUUUUUCAACGGCUACAUCUCUGAGUGAUCUCACAAUAGAAUCACCACCGAAUGAGUUGGCCAAUGUAGAGAAUGUGGGUUCUGGGGUAGACUCAGUGGAAUUUGAAAAGAGAGAUACCAUUCCCACAGAAGGCCGAAGCACAGAUGAGUCUCAGAGAGCAAAAAGCUUGACUGUUACUGCUGCAGGACUGGAAGAUGAAAAAACAGAAGAGGGUGAUAUUCUAGCUGAGUGUAUUAACUCAGCUAUGCCAAAAGGAAAAAGUCACAAGCCUUUCAGAGUGAAGAAGAUAAUGGAUCAAAUUCAGCAAGCAUCUUCAGUUCUAAGUAACAAAAAUCAAUCGGGAGGAGAGAAAAAGAAGCCAACAUCACCCGUAAAGCCUGCUCCCCAAAACAAUGAGUACAGAGCACGAAUAAGAAAAAACACAGAGCCUAAAAGCAACAUUAAUAAUGAAAGGAGCUAUUCAGAAAACAGAGACACAAAGAAACAUCUUAAAAAUAAUUCAAGAGAUUUUAAUGACAAACUUCCAAAUAACGAAGAGCGAGUAAGAGGAAGCUUUGCAUUUGAUUCCCCUCAUCAUUACACACCUAUUGAGGGAACUCCAUACUGUUUUUCACGGAAUGAUUCCCUCAGUUCUUUAGAUUUUGAUGAUGAUGAUGUUGACCUUUCAAGGGAAAAAGCAGAAUUAAGAAAAGGAAAAGAAGCAAAGGAAAUGGAAACCAAAGACUGUACGAAUCCUGAGCAGUCUUCAAAUCAGCAACCCAGUAAUAGGCCACAAGUCUGUCAAAAACACCCAGCAGGCAGAAGCCAGCCUAAAACUUUCUCUCAGUCAGCUAAAGAUAUUCCAGACAGAGGAGCAGCUACAGAUGAGAAAAUGCAGAAUUUUGCCAUCGAAAACACACCUGUUUGUUUUUCUCGCAAUUCAUCUCUUAGUUCCCUCAGUGACAUUGAUCAGGAAAACAACAACAAAGAAAGCGAGCCUGCAAAACGAAAUGAGGGUCCUGAUUCCCAGGUAGAAUCAAGUAGACCUCAGACUUCUGGUUAUGCACCAAAGUCGUUUCACGUUGAAGAUACACCCGUGUGUUUCUCUAGAAACAGCUCCCUGAGUUCUCUUAGUAUUGACUCAGAAGAUGAUCUUUUGCAGGAAUGUCUUUUGCAAGAAUGCAUUAGUUCUGCUAUGCCUAAAAAGAAAAAGCCUUCAAGAGUAAAGAGUGAAGGUGAAAAACAUAAUUCCAGAAAUAUGGGUGGUAUACUGGCAGAAGAUUUAACACUAGAUUUGAGAGAUAUCCAGAGGCCAGAGUCGGAACAUGGUUUCUCACCUGAUUCUGAGAAUUUUGAUUGGAAAGCUAUCCAAGAAGGUGCAAAUUCUAUAGUUAGUAGCUUGCAUCAAGCUGCAGCAGCUGCAUCACUGUCUAGACAAGCUUCAUCAGACUCUGAUUCUAUCCUUUCAUUAAAAUCUGGUAUUUCUCUAGGGUCACCAUUUCAUCUUACCCCAGACCAAGAAGAAAAGCCUUUUACUAAUAAUAAAGGUCCAAGAAUUCUUAAGCCUGGGGAGAAGAGCACAUUGGAAUCUAAAAAAGUAGAAUCUGAAAAUAAGGGGAUUAAAGGAGGGAAAAAAGUAUAUAAAAGUAUAAUUACAGGAAAAGCUCGCUCCAAUUCAGAAGUUUCGGGCCAGCUGAAGCAACUACAACAAACAACUAUGCCUUCAAUUUCACGUGGUAGGACAAUGAUUCAUAUUCCAGGAGUUCGAAAUAGUUCCUCAAGUACUAGUCCUGUUUCCAAGAAAGGUCCUCCAGUGAAAAACACAAGCUCCAAGAGUCCAAGUGAAGGCCAAAGUUGCACCAGUUCUCCAAGAGGAAUCAAGUCAUCAGUGAAAUCUGAGCCAGCUUCUGUAACAAGGCAACCCUCCCAACAGGGUGGAUCGAGUAAAGGACCUUCUCGAUCAGGGUCUAGAGACUCCACUCCUUCCAGGCCUCAACAGCAGCCAUUAAGCAGACCUCUGCAGUCUCCAGGUCGAAACUCAAUUUCCCCAGGAAGAAACGGUAUAAGCCCUCCCAACAAACUGUCUCAGUUGCCCAGGACAUCAUCUCCCAGUACAGCUUCAACUAAAUCUUCAAGUUCAGGAAGGGUGUCUUACACCUCGCCGGGCAGGCAGAUGAGCCAGCAAAACCUUACAAAGCAAACUGCCUUACCUAAGAGUAACAGUGGCAUUCCUAGAAGUGAGUCUGCCUCAAAAGGAUUAAACCAGAUUCUCAGUAGUGGGGGAUCCAACAAAAAGACUGACCUGUCCAGAAUGUCAUCCACAAAAUCUAGCGGAAGCGAAUCUGACAGAUCUGAGAGACCUGUUCUGGUUCGUCAGUCAACUUUUAUUAAAGAAGCUCCGAGUCCAACUCUAAGACGGAAAUUAGAAGAGUCGGCUUCAUUUGAAUCUCUUUCCCCUUCCAGGCCAGAUUCUCCCACUAGAUCCCAGAUACAGACACCAGUUUUAAGUCCAUCUCUUCCUGAUAUGUCUUUAUCCACUCAUUCAACUGCACAGACUAGUGGUUGGCGAAAAUUACCCCCUAAUCUGAGCCCUUCAGCAGAAUAUGAUGGGAGACCCCUGAAACGUCAUGAUAUAGCUCGUUCUCAUUCCGAGAGUCCAUCUAGAUUGCCCAUCAAUAGGUCAGGAACGUGGAAACGUGAGCAUAGUAAGCAUUCCUCAUCGCUUCCUCGUGUCAGCACUUGGCGAAGAACUGGGAGCUCUUCCUCAAUUCUGUCAGCUUCUUCUGAAUCCAGUGAAAAGGCAAAAAGUGAAGAUGAAAAGCAACAUGGAAGUUCUGUGUCUGGACCUAAGCAAAGUAAAGAAAGUCAAGCACCAACAAAAGGUACUUGGAGAAAAAUAAAAGAAAACGAAAUUACUCAAAUAAUGAAUGAUCCUCAGAAUUCUUCCUCAGAUGCAACAAACGGCUCUGAUUCCAAAACUCUAAUUUAUCAGAUGGCACCAGCUGUCUCUAAGACAGAGGAUGUGUGGGUGAGGAUAGAAGACUGCCCAAUUAAUAAUCCUCGAUCUGGAAGGUCUCCAACUGGAAAUACUCCCCCUGUUAUUGACAGUGUUCCAGAGAAAGGGGGUGUGAAUAGUAAAGAUUCUAAAGACAGUCAAGAAAAACAAAAUGCAGGGAAUGGAAAUGUUCCUGCUCGUACCACUGGUUUAGAAAGUCGUCUGAACUCAUUUAUUCAAAUAGACAGUCCAGACAAGAAAGGAACUGAAGCAAAACCUGUGCAGAAUAAUGCUGUACCUGCACCAGAAAAUAAUGAGAGUACCGUUAGUGAGCGUACGCCGUUCAGCUCCAGCAGCUCCAGCAAACACAGCUCCCCCAGUGGCGCCGUUGCAGCAAGGGUGACUCCCUUCAACUACAAUCCAAGCCCCAGGAAAAGCAGCGCGGACAACAGUUCUACCCGGCCAUCACAAAUACCCACACCAGUAAGUAACAGCACCAAGAAGCGCGACUCGAAGACGGAAAACACAGACUCCAGCGGAACCCAGAGCCCCAAGCGCCACUCAGGCUCUUACCUGGUGACUUCUGUUUAAAUAUAU